GAUUUUAUCGUCCACAUUUCUACUCUCCCAACUUUAACAACCCAACCGGCACCAUUCUCUCCCAUUUUUUUGUUUCCUUCAUUCACGAAACCCCAUCAAGGAUCAGGCUUUCUCCUCAAUCCUCAGAUUAUUUAUUCGAAGAUGGACUCAAUGGUCAUGUUCAAGUCCAUUAGCUCGAUGCAGAAGACAAUGUUUCUUAGGACAACCCAAGGAAAUAGGAGUUCACAAUGCAACUUUAUGGUUGGAAAUCUUCCAAAUUUUCAAAAAAUAUUUUUGCCCAGGCAGAGGGCUGCCUGUAAAACUCAAAGAUUUAAAAAUUCUGGUGGUGCUCUUCGUGCAACAUGCCAUGAUGAGAAAAUCCUUGUGGCAAAUAGAGGCGAGAUUGCAGUUCGCGUCAUUAGGACUGCUCAUGAGAUGGGAAUACCAUGUGUAGCUGUGCACUCUACAAUAGAUAAGGACGCUCUUCAUGUGAGGCUAGCAGAUGAGGCAGUGUGCAUUGGGGAAGCUCCAAGCAGUCAAUCGUACUUGUUCAUCCCAAAUGUUCUCUCUGCUGCUGUUAGCCAUAGAUGCACUAUGCUACAUCCUGGCUAUGGUUUUUUGGCUGAGAAUGCUGGCUUUGUUGAUAUAUGUAAAGAACAUGGAAUCAACUUUAUUGGCCCUAAUCCUGACAGUAUUCGAGUUAUGGGUGACAAAUCUACUGCCCGAGAAACAAUGAAGAAAGCAGGUGUCCCAACUGUUCCUGGAAGUGAAGGACUGCUGCAGUCCACUGAAGAAGCUAUCAAGCUUGCCCAUGAAAUCGGUUUUCCUGUCAUGAUCAAGGCAACUGCUGGUGGUGGAGGAAGGGGAAUGCGACUAGCACUUGAGCCUGGUGAAUUUGUGAAAUUACUACAGCAAGCGAAGAGUGAGGCAGCAGCUGCAUUUGGAAAUGAUGGUGUGUAUCUGGAAAAGUACAUUCAAAAUCCAAGGCACAUUGAGUUUCAGGUUCUUGCUGACAAGUAUGGAAAUGUUGUUCAUUUUGGAGAGCGUGAUUGCAGUAUUCAGAGAAGAAACCAGAAACUAUUAGAAGAAGCCCCUUCUCCGGCUUUGACCCCAGAACUACGGAAAGCUAUGGGUGAUGCUGCGGUGGCAGCGGCUGCAUCAAUCGGCUAUAUUGGUGUUGGAACUGUGGAAUUUCUUUUGGACGAGAGAGGUUCCUUCUACUUUAUGGAAAUGAACACGAGGAUCCAGGUCGAGCACCCUGUUACAGAAAUGAUUUCCUCAACCGAUUUGAUUGAGGAACAAAUUCGUGUAGCUCUCGGAGAGAGGCUGUCUUUUGAACAGGAGGAUAUUAUUCUCAGAGGACAUUCAAUCGAGUGUCGCAUCAAUGCAGAGGAUCCCUUUAAAGGAUUUCGUCCAGGGCCAGGGAGAAUCACAGCCUAUCUUCCAUCUGGUGGUCCAUUUGUGAGAAUGGAUAGUCACAUUUAUCCAGAUUAUGUCGUGCCUCCUAGCUAUGACUCCCUACUUGGAAAGCUUAUUGUUUGGGCCCCAACCAGGGAUAAAGCCAUCGAACGAAUGAAACGAGCUCUAAAUGACACGGUCAUCACUGGUGUCCCGACUACAAUUGAGUACCACAAGCUCAUUCUUGAUGUUGAGGACUUUAAAAAUGGGAAGGUGGAUACAGCAUUCAUACCCAAGCAUGAGAACGAAUUGGCCGAGCCUCAGAAGAUGGUGCUAGCUAACCCAAGGAAGGAGAUUGUUGGUGUGAACUAAUCGGAUCUCACGAAUUGCACCCCCACGUAUUUUUUAAUCUUAUUCAAACCUUACUAUUGAUUAUUAUGAUAAGAAACAUUUUUUGACAUGAGGAUAACCUUUAGCCAGUUUACUUUUGUUUCCUUUUUUUUUCUUGUAUUUUUUUUAAUAAAAAUUCUCCCAACAUGCAUUUUCAUUGUUAUGAAUGCAAUUAACUUAUACUCAUCUUCAUGGAGUAAUUCAACAUUUAGAAAAAAA